CUUCCUCAGAAAAUUUAAAAUAAAAUAAAAAUAAAACUAGAAUAAGACGAGAAGAAAACUGGGGAAGAUGGCCACGGCGUCGAGUUUGUCCGCGUUCGUGUUUUUGAUUCUCUGCAUUUCUUCUUCUCUGACAGAAGCCCAAGUCUUCGAUGUGACCAGCCCCAAGUAUGGUGCAAAAGCCGAUGGGGCUACUGAUAUGGCCCAGGCUUUGAAAACUGCAUGGACCGAGGCAUGUGCGUCGCCUACCCCGAGCACAAUUUUGAUCCCCACUGGGGCGUUCUUGAUGGGCCAGGUUUCGCUUGGAGGCCCCUGCAAGAGCUCAAUGACAGUCCAAGUGCAGGGAAUGGUCAAGGCCCCAGCUGACCCUGCCCAGAUGAAGGGCGAUGGCUGGAUUGUCAUCCAACAUAUUGACAGUUUCACGCUUAAUGGUGGUGGCACCUUUGAUGGACAGGGCAAGAUCGCCUGGACCAAGAACGACUGCGCUGAGAAAAAAGUGUGCACUAAUCUUCCCACUAACCUGAGGUUCGACUUCGUCAACAAUGCCCUAAUCCAAAACAUAACAACCUUGGACAGCAAGCAAUUCCACGUGAAUGUCUUGGGCUGCAAGAACAUCACGUUCCAGCAUGUCACUGUGACCGCGCCUGGCGAUAGCCCCAACACCGAUGGAAUCCACAUUGGCCGAUCCAAUGGGGUCACCAUUGUGGACACCCACAUCCAGACAGGGGAUGAUUGCAUCUCAAUCGGGGACGGGAGCCAACAGGUCAAUGUCACUGCCGUGACUUGCGGGCCAGGCCAUGGAAUUAGUGUUGGCAGCCUUGGGAAGUGGAAGAAUGAGGAACCGGUGAUUGGCAUCUUCGUCAAGAACUGCACCAUCACUGGCACCAUGAACGGCGUCCGUAUCAAGACCUGGCCUGCCUCCCCUGCUGGGACUGCCACCGACAUGCACUUCGAGGAUAUCGUCAUGAACGACGUCGGCAAUCCUGUGAUUAUUGACCAAGGCUACUGCCCAUGGAACCAGUGCACGGCUGGGGUGCCAUCACAGAUUAAGAUCAGCAAGGUCAGCUUCAAGAACAUCAGGGGAACAUCAUCGACCCAGGUUGCAGUGCAGCUAUCGUGCAGCAAGGCAAUCCCGUGCGAGGAAGUAGAGCUUGCCGACAUCAACCUCACUUUCCAUGCAACCAAUGGAACCGCAGCCAAUGGGCCCACAACUUCCGUGUGUGACAAUGUCAAGCCUGUGAUCACGGGGAAUCAGAUCCCGGCCAUUUGCAGAAACUCUACUGCUGGCCCGCCCGCUGCCGCACCUGGUGCCCCGGCCAACGCCACUGCUCCCGCACCUGCUGCCCCUGGCAACGCCACUGCUGCUCCACACCCCUAAACUUACGAUGGUUGCUCCACCUUAGCCAUAUCGAAUAUCAAGAUUCGGCUUCUCAGCAUGUGAAAAACAUGGCAUACCGCACUUCCUUUUGCCCAAAUUAUUGAAGAUUGGGGAAAAAGAACUUUUUGUAGCUUAAAAUUGUAACUCUAAACAAUGAAAUAUCAUUGAUUCUUCUUAUU